CCCAAUGAGCAAUGCGUAAAAUUUGUAUUCAUACGCGUAAGUCGCAUUGUUGUUAUGUGCUUGUAUUUUAGCUGUUCAGUGCGAUUUCUUUUACAAAUGCGUUAAUUUGGGCUAAUUCGUCGUUCGCUGACAUCUCGGAGCUUUCGAACAAAUGGAGGUUAGGAUACCCGUGCCAGUAGAGCCAUUACCUGCAGAAACAGACGACAAGAGGAUCUGGAUCGGGAACCUGGAUAGUCGACUAACAGAGUUCCACCUUGUUAAGGUACUGAAGAAAUUCGGAAACGUGAAGAAAUUCGACUUUCUCUUCCACAAGUCUGGGCCCCUGAGGGGUCAUCCGAGGGGAUAUUGUUUCGUCACCUACGAGACGAAAGCACAGGCUGAAGAAGCGCUGAGAAAUAUCCACGGGAAGCAGCUGCUGUCAAAAACUAUGGUGGCUAAAUGGGCCAACACCAUUCCUAACGAUGACCCUGUUGCGAGGAAAUCCGGAUCUCAAGGGGGAAGCUCUCAUAAGGAUCGUAAAGCAGCCGAAAAUGUGAAGAGUCAAAUCCAUGCCAUAGAAGCCAAGCUCAAAGCCAUGGAGAGAGAUAAGGAGGAUGAUAUCAGUCGGCUACUCCUCUCAACUCCUCCGCAGCCCCAGCAGAGGCUAGCCAUUCCUCAUCAGCCUAGUCACCAACACAGCCGAAAGCCUUACGAACGAACGAGAACUAGAUGACGGCGAGCAAAAUGAGCAUGUGUUGUGAAUAUCUUGUAUAGGAAUGUCUGGUGUCAAGAGCACUCAAUAAAUUAUUCUUGAACGCA